UUACGUGUGGGCCCGGUGAGGCAAAGCCCGGUUCCGAAUGGCCUGAAGAGCUGCCGAACCCCGAACCGCGGAUAAAUCCGAACCAGCGGCGGGUUUUAGAGCCGGGAGGAGGAUGAGGAUGACGCCGUUUCCUCGUUCUCUCCUGAGUGAUCUAAACUUUAAGACCUGAAGUGUCUUUGGGUCAGAAACAAAAGACGCAGCCUGGGAAAUGGAUCAGAGGAACCUCCAGCAGGACUUUCAGGACCAACUUAAUGAUGUGGUCGGCAGAUUUCAGUCCAAGAAUUUCUUCCAGUCUGACUUGGACAUCGCCUUUUUUGCUGUCUUCUUCAUCUUCAUCGGCAUGAUCCUCCUGCUGCUCAUCCUGGUUCUGAUCCGCUGCUGCUGCUGCUGCUGCUGCCAGGAUGAUCUCAAGCCUCGCAGACAGAAGAGGGGGGUGGUGAACAUGGCUCUGGAGCCCUGAUCCUGACACAGACGAUGACAGGACCUGAUUAAUGGAAGUGCACCCCCCCCCCCACCUUACCUUCACACCUCCACCCCAAUGAUCUGCUACGAUUUUAUUUCUGUGCACAUUUACAUACAUUUCUGCUGUUGGUCUUUUAUCAUUUUAUUGUAAUUUUCAUUUUCUCAAAGGGCCUAUCAUGUAAAACCAACCUUUUAGCUUUUAAGUGUAUCAUCGUGUUGAUUUCUCACUAUAAAGAACCUCAAAGCGG